UGGAUUUUCUUCAUGCAAACAAUGUGAUCCAUCGAGACGUGAAGAGUGACAACAUCCUUCUCAGAACGGACGGUUCUGUCAAACUGGCUGAUUUUGGCCUCGCUACUCAGCUCACCCCUGAGCAGAGCAGACGGUGCUCGGUAACCGGGACUCCUUGGUGGAUGGCGCCUGAAGUGGUGACAGGUCAACCAUAUGGCCCCAAAGUGGACAUAUGGUCUUUUGGAAUUGUGGGAAUUGAAAUGAUAGAACAAGAACCUCCUUACUUGGGCGAAAGUUCUGGCACGGCUACAUACCUGAUAGCCACAGUAGGGACUCCACAGCUGCGGCAGCCCAAGCUCCUCUCGGCUUUGCUGCGUGACUUCCUGAGCUGCUGCCUGCAGACAGACGAGGAGCAGCGCUGGUCUGCCAAGGAGCUCCUGCAGCAUCCAUUUGUAACCUCAGCCAAGCCACCAUUCAUCCUGGCACAAGUCAUCAACUCAGUGAAGAAGACGAAUAACCCUAACCCUAAACUCUAAACCUAAAACCUAACCCUAAUCUUAAAUGCUAACCCAAACCCUAACCCUAUCCCUAUCUCUAUCCCUUACCCUUUCCCUUACCCUUUCCCUAACCCCAAUCCUAAGCCUCAGCCAAAGCCUAAACCUAAACCCAAACCUGAACCUAAGUCUAAGCCUAAGCCUAAGCCUAAGCCUAACCCUAACCCUAACCCUAGGAGACGAGAACAUAGCAAUCAUGUCAAGAUGUUAUCUCUGUUACCAAUUUAGAGUAGGAUUGUAGAGUAGGGUUGCUAAAGAGAUUUGUA